AGCCGCAAUAAACUUUAAAAAGAUUGAUUUUGUAGGUUAUUUUUAUUUCAAUUUUAUUUUGAUCUAUUAUUUUGUAGACAAUUAUUAUCUUAAGUUCUUGGCUGUAAUAUAAACCUUUAAAAAUGCGCAUAAAAGGCGGGUUGUGUUGUUUGUUUUUGUUAUGGAUUGUCAAUGUUGAAAGUCAAACAUUACAAAGUGUAAGCGACGACGAAUUACUACAACUUAUAAAAAAUAAAGAAAAGCUUAUUGUUUUAUUUACUAAACCAAAUUGUGACACAUGCAAUGAUUUUGCAAAGAAUUUAGAGAGUCUUCAUGAAGACUUUAAGAAACAUUUUAGUGCAGAUACUGUAAAAGCUGCCAACAGCCACUUGGCCAGGCUGUACAGUCCGACAAAGGAACCAGCUUUGGUAUUCUUUAGACAUGGAAUUCCAUUGCUAUACAAUGGUGAGCCGGACGACAAUGAAAUUUACGGUUUCUUUGAACAAAACCAGACACCAGCUGUUAAAGAGCUUACAGACAAGAUAUUUGAGCACAUAACUCAGGCUGCCACAGGGGCUACUACUGGGGAUUGGUUUGUUAUGUUCUAUGGAGCAUCCUGUGUUGAAUGUCAGAGGCUGCAUGCGGUGUGGGAAGGUGUCGGCGCCACGUUGCGUGCAAGGGUCAACGUCGCACGCAUCGAUGCAAACCUAGCGGGCGCAAAUACUGCCAAGAGGUUUAAAGUGGGCAAAUUACCAGCAUUCCUGUUCUUCCGUCUUGGUAAAGUCUACAGGUACGACUUGCCAAAGAAUGAUGUCAAGUCAUUUGUAGCAUUUGCCCAGGAUUGGUACAAAAACGCCAAAGGUGAACCAGUGCCUCUUCUCGCCUCGCCUUUUGAUGAGGUUGUUGACUGGUGUGUAGAAAUGAUCAAGGUUUGGGUCGCGUUUGGAUUAGAUAUUCUUUCGAAACACCCCUGGAUUUGGCAGAUUGGCGGCACAGGCUUCGGCCUUGUUGUAUUAACAGGAUUCAUCGCUCUCCUUAAAGCAGGACGCUCAAGACCCGCCAAGGAGGCGAAGAAAGAAAAGAAGAGUAAAUAAUAUUGAGUUCAAAUAAUGCAUUUAGAUAUUGGUUGGGAUACUACCUAGUAAAGUUAAGAUUUUAUUAUUUUAAGCAGAAUAUACAUUUGGCCAAGAGGACUUUCUAUCAUAAAUAAAAAACAUUAUUAUUUAGUCUAUUUUAUCCCACUGCUGUUCUGUUCCGAGGCUGUGUAAGACUGCCAUUCUGCACAGGGCAGAAUUAGGGCUGGACCUUCUUCUGUUGUGUUGCUUCUGUUCUUCUGCAGUACUCACUAGAAUUCCAAACUCUUGGACAAGUAUUUAAAAUUUAAUACCAAUGCAUUUAUUUAUAUUUUUUAUUUAUUUCUUAUUUGUCAAGUACAACAAGGAAGUAUUUUUAUGUGGUUUUACGACGAAAAUUAAUUUAAUGAUAUGACAAGGUAGUCUUUGGAGCUGUAAGCAAAAUUUCCGUCCUAAUUGUAUUUAUUUUGAGUGUUUGUUUUUUCUACUUAUUAAUAAAAAAAAUAUGAAACAAAAAAGGCGAGACUACUAGAUAUACGGUGGUGAUACAUUUUGUACCUAAUAUGAAAAUACAAAUAUUUUAAUACAAAAUAAA